UCUUUGUGUCUCCUAGAUGGCUGCCUACUUUGGACAUUCAGUUGCCGCCUCCGACGUCAACAACGACGGUUUGGUGGACCUGCUGGUCGGAGCUCCUCUCUUCAUGGACAGAGGCUCGGAUGGAAAGCUGAGGGAGGUGGGACAGGUGUCUGUUUAUCUGGGUCGAAGUGGGUUUUCCUUCCACCCGCCUCAGAUGCUGACCGGGUCGGAGGUUUACGCCAGAUACGGCUCCGCCAUCGCCGCUCUGGGAGACCUGGACAUGGACGGGUACAACGAUGUGGCCAUCUCUGCUCCCUACGGAGGCCCCGACCGCAACGGUUUGGUCUACAUCCAUAAUGGCGGCCCGCGGGGGCCCGACUCGACGCCCUCUCAGGUCCUGGAGGGCAAAUGGGCGUCCAGCUACAUGCCGCCUAGCUUCGGGUACUCCAUGAACGGAAACACUGACAUAGACCAGAAUGGAUAUCCAGAUUUAAUAGUGGGAGUGUUUGGAGCAGACAAAGCUGUUUUGUACAGAGCGCGUCCGGUGAUCAGCGUGAACGCCACGUUGGACAUGACGCCUCAGAUCAUCAACCCCGAGGAGAAGAGCUGCCAGCUGCCUGGUACCAGCACUCCCGUGUCCUGUUUUAAGGUGAAGUACUGCCUGAAGGCCAGCGGUCGCGGAGCUCCUGCUACUCUCAACUUCCGCGUGGACCUCAUGCUGGACCGCCUGAAGCAGAAGGAGACGACCAAGCGCGCCCUCUUCCUCCACAGUCGCAGCUUCCAGUACUCCAAGAACAUGACGGUGUCCAACGGCGGGACCACGGCCUGCGAGGAGCAGGACGUCUUCCUCAGGGACGACGGUGAGUUCCGGGAUAAGAUCACUCCCAUCUCUGUGGUGAUGGAGUACAGUCUGGACUACCAGCGGGCCGCCGACCAAACCGGGCUGCUGCCCAUCCUCGACAUGUCGGCGCCGUCCAACGUCACCAAGCAGGCUCACAUCCUGCUGGACUGCGGAGACGACAACAUCUGCAAACCCGACCUCAAGCUGUCGGUGAAGAGCGACCGCGAGCAGAUCUACAUCGGCGACGACAACGCUCUGACGCUGGAGGUCAGCGCCGAGAAUCAGGGCGAAGGAGCGUACGAGGCCGAGCUCCACGUUUAUCCUCCGCAGCAGGCCGACUUCACCGGAGUCGUCCGCAGUCAGACUCUGUCCAGACUGUCCUGUGCCUACAAGAAGGAGAACCAGACCAAGAUGGUGGUGUGUGAUCUGGGAAACCCCAUGAAAGGAGGAACUAAGUUGUUGGCCGAGCUGAAGUUCAGUGUCCACCAGCUGUCGGAGGACGACACGUCGGUCAAGUUCGACCUGCAGAUCGUCAGCUCCAACCAGUUUGACAACACCAGCCCUCGGAUCUCCAGCGUCACCAAGCUGGCCGUCCUCGCCAAAGUCUCCAUCAGAGGGUCGUCGUCUCCCGGUCAGGUGCUGCUUCCCAUCGCCAACUGGAAACCCAGAGAGCCUCCGGUGGUCGGAGACGACAUCGGGCCGCAGAUCGUCCACGUCUACGAGCUCGUGAACAGCGGGCCCAGUACGUUCAGCAAGGCAUCGCUGGACGUGGAGUGGCCCUACCAGUACAAGAACGGCUCUCUGCUCUACAUCACCAGCUACGAGACCGAAGGACCAAUCAACUGCACCACCGAAGUGCAGAUCAACCCGCUGAACGUCUCCAACCCGCUGACCUCCCAGAAGAACACCAGCGUGGUUCCGCCCAGAGAGCGAGAGACGGAGGGACGGAACCGAAACCACGUCCGCAAGAGAGACCUGGAGGCCAGAGACGCAACCGGCGAGCUGCAGACACUGGACUGCACCACGGCCGAGUGUCUGCGGCUGAGAUGUCAGGUCGGCCGUCUGGAGAGGAGGAAGAACGCCAUCCUCUUCAUCUACUCCAGGCUGGCCGUCAACAACUUCCUCAGGACUGAGAACCAGAACCGGUCGCACGUGAUUCGGUCGACGGCCUCCUUCACCGUCAUCGAGAUGCCGUACAAGAACCUGGAGAAGGAGCUGCCGUCCAACAGCACCACCGUGAGCGUGGCGGUGCUGUGGGUGGCCGACACCCCUCCCCCGGUACCGGGCUGGGUCGUGGCUCUGGCGGUUCUGGCCGGACUUCUGCUGCUGGCGCUGCUCAUCUUCAUCAUGUACAAGUUGGGCUUCUUUAAGAGAGUGCGCCCCCCGCAGGACGACUGCACCGAGAAGGAGCAGCUGCAGCCGGAGGAGAACGGCAACACCGACGCCUAAAAGGUCCGACCGGGACGAACGCAAAGUCCAGGAGAAAAGACAUCAGGGUAAAAAAAAAAAAAGGCCUCGGAGAGAAUUUCACUGUAUUGACUGCUGGAUGGCGGAUAACGGUACUGGUUUAAGGUUUAAUGAGGGGUUUGGUUUGCUUGUUUUUGUUUUUUUUUUACUAAGUCAUGUUGUGUUUGUGCCAAAAGAGAAGCUGGAAAACACUGAUCACAGAUAAAAUCCUCAAAGCUCAAGCAUUAACGCUUUUCAAGCUAAAGGACUAGUUUGACAUUUUGGGGAAGAAGUUAAGGAUCCACGAGUUCAGACGUUUGGAUCGUCUCGUGUCUACGUAUAGCUAGUUAGCAUUAGCUUAGCAUAAAGACUGGAAACAGCUAGCAGCUCCAAACCACAACAUAAUACAAACAACAAUCCAACUAUAAAAGCAACAAUUCAGCAUUUAACAGAGUUUUAAAGUCCCUCGAUUUAGCAUCCGUUAACCGUAUAUAAACAUUUAAUAAAUGCUUCUUAGCGCACCGUGAUGGAUUAAAUGUUCACCAGUGCUUUUAUUACCAGUUAGAGCAACCGAAUGUAUGAUAUAAAAUAUGACUUUAUCAGAGAAUUUAGAUCUCCUGACAAAUAUCAAGGGUUAAUAAACACUUUAAAUAUUAUUAUAGACGUCUAGAUUGUAGGAGAUAAAGAAUGAAACCACAAAUCAGCAUUUUUCUGCUUCAAUAUUUGUAAAUAGUUUAACAAGAUACGACUAAAAAUCUGUUAAAAAAGCUGAAAACUGAAAUAUAAUUUUAAGAUUAGAAAGAUUUGGAGUCCAUUUUGUUAUUUGUGAUGUUUAUUUUCGUUAUCGACCCGAGAUUUUCCUCUUUUACAGUGUUUUGGUUCAUUUUGUAGGAAAUAAAACAAAACGUAGAGCUAAAGGAAGACAAGUUAAGAAAGUCUGGGUUACUUCUUUAAUAUAUUUUUGGUCAUUUGAAAGUGCCUUCAUUGUUUCUUCAAAAGUGCUUUUACGUGGAGCCAGAGCUAGGCUAGCAGUUUCCCUUCACUUCCAGUGUUUAUGCUAAGCUAAGCUAAUUGGCUGCAGCUUCAUAUUUAACGCAGACAUACGAGCGAGGAUAUUCCCCAAACUGUCGGACUCUUCCUUUAACGCGUUGGCCGACACGUCUGGACGCUUUGUCGUUUUUGUCUGGAGGCUUUUUGAGCACAUGGAGAUUGGCCUGAAUUUGCACAUUUCAUUUAUUUGUCCAAACGUUAAACGGCCGAUGAGCUGCAGGUGCCAGAACUGCUGAUACGUUUGAGUUUUUAACCACCUAUAGAUUAAAAAAAAGCAGUUUUUAAAUCACAUCGAACAAACGGAUGAGUGAAAAGAGAGAAUAAGUGGCAUGACUGUGCAAGAAAGAGAUUAAAUUAUUGAAAAUAUAUUAUGAAAACAGCGGCAAGGUGUUUAAAGCUGUAAAACAUAAAAGUACAAAUGAGAUGAUGAACAGAGGAUUGUGGGUAACUGCAGUAACCUCUUUUAAACUGAAUAAUGGUGGAUAUGUAUGACAGAAAACUGCAAUAAUGGAUAUUUGUUGGUAGAGAUGGUUCGGUUCGCUGUCAUUCGGGACCAUCGUAGAGUUACAGGAAUAUUAUUUACUACUCUUAAACUUGUUUUUCUUUUUCCUUCCUGCUUUGUGUGUGGGGACGCUGGUUUUCUGCUGUGGGAUGCUGGUGGGGUGUUUAAAGCAUUAUUAUGUUAUUUGUAGUGGGUCCAGCUCAUUUCAAUACGAUCAAGAAACUGUUGUUUUGCUAACGCUAGCGUGUGUUUUUGUUCAGAUCAAUGCAAAUGUUACGUUUGUAAUUCGUCCCGUUGGACCGAUCGUUCGCUAAACCCGAAUUUCUUGGAUUUGUCAUAACGUUGAAGCGGCGCGCUGCCUCCUACAGGCCUGGAUGCUACUAGACUUUUAGUAAAUUUGUGUAAAAGUUGUGUAAAAGAGGUCACGUUAGCCAAACUCAUCAGACAUUAGAAAUCAUUUUACAGCAAAUAAUAAUUAAAAAAAGAUCUGCAUGAAUCACCAACUGGUGGUCACGAUAACGUUUUAGUGCGUUAGCAUGUUAGCAUCACGUCUGAAGCAAUCAUACUCGCAACCGAUUUAACAGACUCAAAAUAAAAAUCUGAGUCAUUAAUUGUAAUCGAGCUAAUGUUAGCAUAUUUAGCUAACUGCAGGGUUUAAUUUAAAUUUAAAACCUUUUUAAUUCCAUAUUGAAUGUAAUUUAACACCUGUUUCACCAUCAUGAAUUACAAUUAUUUGUUAUUACGUCUCAUUUCGAGCUGUAAUUUUCAGAGAUUGAGCUCUGAUAAUUAGCACAAAAUGGUGAAAUGACUCAUUUUUUUUUAGGAGUUGCAAUAGUUUGUCGAUCAAAAGAAAAUCAAUCUGCAGCAGUUUUGAUAAUCGACUGUUGCUGGAUUUAGCAGCAACAUGUGAAAAUGUUUUGGAGUCUGACUGACGAAUGAGCGAAAAGAACAAAAGCAGCAGAUGAGAUACAGUACUUGACUCCUAUAAACUAAAUUAAAGACCUUUUAAAAAGUCCAGACGCUCUGUGAGUGGCUGCAGCCGUAGCAACAGUAACUAAGGGAGGCGGGGCUUAACGAACGGUCGGUUACAGUCGUGACUUUCCCGCCUUUUUUCCUGCACUGAGGCCUCUUUGUCCUUCCUCGUCUGAUGUUUUCAAAUCGUGUCGUUUUUUUCCUAAAGAAAGAAAAAGUUUCGGCGACCGGCUGAGAACAAAAACGCGACGCGAGCAGGUCGCCGUUUUAUGUUUGUUUUUGUUUAUUUUGAGUGUGCGUAUGUGUUAAUAUAUUAAAAAAAGAAAAGAAAGAAAAAAAAAAGAGAAAACUUUUGCUGUUUACCCAUAUUGGGUUCGCAUUAUGAAUUAAUGUUUAUGGUCGACGAUAGUUUUAAAGAUAUAUUACUCCAGUUAACAAUCACCACGACGUAGCUCCACAGAUCACUUUAGUUAGAACUUCAUAUCCGCCGCUUCCAUCCUCCCUCCGCCGCCUUCAGACGCCGCCUUCGUUUAGCUAGUUUCCUGCAGUCAGACCUGCACUAAUACUACUGGUGGUAUCGCUGAAACACUGCAGAUCCAAACCCUGGUUCCGGCCUUCACACGGACGAGGACGCAGAGUCAAAGAGGUCCACGUUCUGUUGCCUUUUGUACACUGAGACGGACGUCGAGUUGGUGACGGGUCAGUUUUUAUCGAGUCAUUCUGAACAGAAAAGACGUCUGGUCGAAUAAAACGAUUCGUUCUGAGACGUCAAAGUGGAAAUGGACGAAAACGAAACUCGUUUAAAGCCUUAAACACGUUUUAGAAGAAGUUUGGAAAAUGUCAAACCUUCAGGAUUUCUCUUUAAACUCGUGAGUAAAAGAAAAAAACAAAUCAUGCUUCUGUGUCAUUUAUAGAGUUCAGCUCCAGAUAAGUCGACUGUUUGAUCAGAUUUCAUUCAGAGAACCAAAUAUUUGCACAAAAAAAAAUCCAGAGUUAUUAGAUUUUAAAGGAAACUUCAGGCAGUUCAUUCUCACUGUUUUGGGGAAUAAUUUUCUGUCGGUUCGGUUAAAAUCUGUCGUCGUGAAGCGCCAGAACAAACCCGUAAACUCUGCACGGUUAAGUCGAUCAAUCAGUUGGAAAACCAGAAUCUUAAUUAUCAACUAUUUGUUUUUUUUUUAUUGCGAGAUUUUCACACGUUUGUUCGUUAAAGUCGCUCAGAUGUGAUGAUUUUCUGCUUUUCUUUGUCCCGUCAGACUGUAAACUGAACAUUAAGGGUAGAAAAUAUCAGAUUCUUGCUGAUAUUUUACUUUUUGUGCCCGUCUCUGUCGUGGAAUCCCGUUUAUUAUUAUAUUAGCCGAGUGCAGACGUUAAAUACAAUCCUUUAUAAACGUACAUCCACUGACAUGUGAACCAUGCCGUUUUUAUUUCACGCCAAACGUUUCGAGGCCUUCAGAGAAUCAACAGUUGUUCCUUUUCCUGAUUAAAUCCGUCACCGGAACUCGUCCGUCGUCGGCCUUCGGCUCGCCUCCGUUUAUUAAAGGUGACAAAGGUUUGGUUGUGAGCACUGAUCUGAGGUCAGAUGUCCGACAGAGUGGCUUCACUGCACUGUUCAACCUUCUCUAGAGAUGUUUCCGCUAGAAGACGUUUCUGUCGUCGCCAGGGUUCAGCGGGACCGACGUCGACCCACUUCGGUCGGUUCACGUCGUCUGAAUCCAGAACAUUCAGACGGAAUUUUCAGUCUCUGACGUUUGAAUUAGAAAAGCUUCAGAGAGUCGGAGUGAAGCUGAACCGACCGAAGCAGGAGGUCCGACGUCGGCCUGCAGCUGUGUGUUUGUUGUGUUUUUCUAUUUAAUACCACUCUGUCUGUCUGUCUGUCUGUCUGUCUGUCUGUCUGUCUGUCUUUCCUUCUGCCAGGAGAAAAUAUUGACUAUUUUUGAUGUAUGUAUUCUUUCACCUAGAGAAUAAGAAUUAACGAUUUCAUAAAGAGAUGAAUUCACCUUGGAAAUGAAAUAAACUGAUUUGUUCACAGUU